AUGGCAGAAGCUUCAUCGCCAAUUAUAUCAAGAUCUCCACAUAAACUUAAGUAUCCAUCAUCAAUUCAUACAACAUUAACAUCACCGACAGCGACAGGAACAUAUCAUUCAAGUUUUGAUUUUAUUAGUGAACCACGUGAUUGUGAUACAUUAAAAUCUAUAAAUCAAGAUAAUAAUCGUACACCUCCACCUCAUCCUACACUAGAAAGUGAUUUACGUCAAUUAGAUAUUGAUUCUAAUCGACGUAUAAUUCAAACUAAAAAUAAAAAAUUAGGUCGUACGGAAUCUAUAUCAUUACCAACAACACCUACUGAACAAUUAUCUCCAUCAUAUGAACAUAAAUAUCCUCGAUUAGUAGCUUUAAAAAAUCAGAUCGAUAAUAAUCUUGAUGAUGAUGAUGAGCAAUAUUUUUCAUUUCCAUCACGUAAUGAGUAUAUGGCUUCGGUACCUGAACAAGAUUAUCAUCAAACAAUGAUAGAUGAAUCAAUAUUAAAUAUAAAAAAAGUUUUACAAGCAACAUCAUCUUCUUCUUCAACUGCAUCGUCUGAAGUUAAUAUUCCUAUAACAUAUGGUAUCGAUUGGAGUGAUCGUGCAUGUCCAACAUCUCAUUGUUGGUUUCCAUAUAAAUCAAAUGAUCUUUCAUCAUCACAAUCCUGUGGAUUUUUUACAUGUAAAGAACCAAAAUCAAGUCAAUUCGUUGAAUUUGUUCAAUGUGAAUCCUGUUCACUUAUUGUACAUACUCAUCAUCUUAUCGAUUUACAAGCAACAACAACAACAAAUUUUAUUCCACCAUGUCGUCCAUCAUUUUCUGAAAGUAUUCCAUCGAAUUCUUCUACUAAUAAACAAGAAUUAAAUGAUCAAAAUAGAUAUGAUCGACAUUAUUGGUCACAUGUAUCAAUAUUAACCAAACCUUGUGCAUUAUGUAAACGAAAAUCCGUAUCAAGUUCAUUAUUUGGUAGUAAUCGUCCGUCAACAAUGCCAUCAUCAUCAGAUACGAUGACAAAAAAUUCCACGAAUAGAAAUCUUUUAUCUGAUAGUACAAGUCCAAAAAUGGCUGGAACAUCAAGUGGAUUUCAAUGUUUAUGGUGCUUGAGAGGUUAUCAUCGACGGUGCUGGGAUCAAGUUUUUAAUCAAGAUGACAAAAAUAAAUGUGACUAUGGAGUAUUAAGGAAUAUAAUUGUUCGACCACAAUGGUUACGUCGUAUACCCGGUCCUCCAUCUCAUUUUCGUGCUCAAUAUCGUUUUCAUACUUCAAAUGAUACGACAACAUCUGUUGACAAUUAUACACCUCUAUUACUUUUUAUUAAUAAACGUUCUGGUGGUCAAAGUGGUGAAAAAAUCUAUCGAAAAUUAUUACAUCUUCUUAAUCCACGUCAAGUAUUUCUUCUUGAAAAUGAUGCAACUAUACUUCAUGCAUUAGAAAUCUAUUCUUCAUUAUCAAAUAUUCGUAUAUGUGUAUUCGGUGGUGAUGGUACAGUUGGAUGGGUUCUUAGUUGUUUAGCUGAAUUAUAUCCAUCAUUAAAUAAUCCACCUGUUAGUAUUUGUCCAUUAGGUACAGGUAAUGAUUUAUCUCGUGUUUUAUUAUGGGGUGAACAAUAUGAUUCGAAACGUUUAUUAUCAAUUUUAACACAAAUACCUCAAUCACAAUCAACAGCACUUGAUCGAUGGCAAGUUACAAUUGAACAAGUUAAUAAUAUAAAAGAAGAAAAUUUAUCAACAAAUCGUUUACCUUUACCAUUUAUAAAUCAUCCAAAAUUUGUACGUGAUACAAAUCGUGCAUCAUAUCAAAAUAAUCGUGCAUUACCAAAUACACGUUUUAUAAAUUAUAUGAGUUUUGGUUUAGAUGCAGCUAUAGCAUUAGAAUUUCAUGAUAGACGUAAACGUGAUCCAAGAAAAUUUUCAUCACCAUUAAAAAAUAAAUUAAUGUAUUUAAAUGAAAGUCGAAAAUAUUUAAAUGAUUUUGCUCGUUCAAAAAUGUGGAAUUUAGGUUCGUAUAUACGUUUAUUAUGUGAUGGAGAAGAUUUAACUGAAUCAAUACGAAAUUGUCAUACAUUACUUGUAUUAAAUAUUCCAUGUUAUGCAUCUGGUACGAAUCCAUGGGGUAAAUCAUCGAAUAAUAAUACUUCAACAUCAUCGCAAACAAUAAUUAUUCAAAAAGAUUGUGAUUCAUUUCAAGAAAUAUCAACAAGUUCAAUUGAAAUUAUUGAUUUACCAGCAAAUACACAUGAAGUUUAUGAACUUGUUACAUUAAAUGAUUGUCCAAAUGAUCAAAUAAAUAUACCAUCCAUAACGACAAUUACAACUCCGAUUGGUCGAUUUGAUCGACAAGAUUUUGGUGAUAAAAAAAUUGAAGUUGUCGGUUUAAGUACAACACAUAUGGCAACAAUACAUAUGGGUUUUCGUGGCAUACGUAUUGCACAAUGUAGUAAUUUACGUAUUGAAAUAUGUUGUCCAAUGACAGCACAAAUGGAUGGUGAACCAUUUUAUUUACCAGAAUCUGUUGCUGUUAAUGUUACACAUGCUGGUCAAGUGUUAGUUUUAAGAAAUGAAAACAGAUAA